UGAUGAUUAUGAAUCAACUUUUGAACAAUUUUUAAUAAAGAAUAAAACAAUAACUGCUCAUAAGAAAAAUUUACAAUAUCUUGCGAUAGAAAUUUACAAAACAUUUAACGGAUUGAAUCCACUUUUUAUGGAUGAAAUAUUUUCCAUAAAUGAAUGCCCAUAUUACUUAAGAAACUCCUAAUUCAAAACAGCGGAGCCACAUUACAAAGAAUAUGGAUUUAAUACCGUAUCAUACAGAUGUAGCCAAAAAUGGAACUCAAUUCGAAAUGAGAUAAAGUACUCCCCUACUUUAUCAAUAUUCAAGAAAAAAAUCUCAGAAUUUACAUCGUUUAAUUGUACUUGUAAUCUUGGCAAGGAAUAUGUUAUCAACAUCGGUUAUAUUUGAUUUAUAUUAUAUUUAGCGUUGGUAAUUUAAAUUAGUUGGUUUUAAUUAGCUUGUAUGUAUAGCUAGAGAUUGUACCAACUUUAAAUAAAGAAAGAAAAAAAAAGUUAAUGGCUGCAUGGCUUGCAUUUUUUGCAUGAGCAAGGUAUUGCUAGUCGGCGGAAGAAGGCCGUUGUUCUUUUUCUCAACCCUCUCUGAAACGGUUGGGGCUUUUUUAUGGCCGCCUUUGCGAUUGGUACACCGACAGCCCAAAAAUAAAUGGUCCAAAUGAUGAGAGAACGCCACCUUCAGUCUUGACAAUGGUAAAAUAUUCUGAGGACCAUUUUACCCUAAUUUGCUAAUGGUUUUUCUGAUAACCUGGAACAAAUAUUAAGAAAGAUUAAUAUAAAGAAAAGAAAUAAAGAUUUGGUAGAUACGUGGACAGGCUUAACAGACUUAUGUAGAUCUUCUUCAUUUGCUCAAUAUAUUUCAAAAUUAGAUUUUUAACAGAUGAAUAAAAAUUACCGAAAGCGGGAGAUUAGGCUUCAACUCGGGAGAACGGGAGAAGAACUCUCAAAACGGGAGGCUCCCGCCAAAAUCAGGAGAGUUUGAACCCUUCUUUUCAAAGACGCGUAAAUAGAAUAAUGAAUAGCGUCAUAGGCCUUUUCAUGAGCAGUUUGAUCUGAGUUGCUCGCCAGUCUGGCCUUCUCUUGUGAAUCCAAUCUUGCAACCCAGACUCAUUCUGCCCGGUAAGCAACACACUUGGUCGUACAUAUUUUAUCAACUCUUGCUUUUACACUCGACCAGUUUAUUUCCCAAGAGUCUUUACAAAAAAUUUCUGAUAUUCGUAAAAUAGAUUGAAAAAUUAACCUGGUGACUUCCCCCACUCUGGGCGAUAGUUUAAUCACGUCAGGGACUCGAAACCCAGACCCCUGGAUUUGUCGUCCGCGACCCUAACCACUAAGCCAUCGUUGCACCUAGGUUAUAGAUUUUUAAAUAUCAACAAUCAAAUAGUUGUAAAAAAGUUAGUUUUUCUAAAUGUAAAGUACACUGAAUGCGGAUCAAAUAUAAAAGUCCGCAUCUGGACAUAAAAAACCUUUAGUUCUUAUUAGGGAAUCAGACAAAAUGAAAAUAAGUUUUUAUUUUGUUAUUGUCGUAUAUAUCUGCUAUUUGCGUGCGCAGGUGUCCGGAUUUAUAAAAAAUUAUAAAUAACCAAUAUUAUACCUGUUUAAUAAACAAAUUGAAAAGCAAUAAAUUUUUCUUUCCAGGGAAAGUUUCAAUUCAUCUAUUAUCCAAAAUGGGAGUUUUUAUUCUCUUGACGUUGCUUCUUUCAAUGUUUUACUUUGCUUCAAUCAAAUCAGACGAGAGUCAAAGUACAAGCAAAUCCGUUUUCGAAGAAAUACACAACCCAACACAAAUAAAAACAAGCAUGUUUCAUAAGACCUUUCAUCAAUGCAGCAUGGAAAAGACAUGUUAUUACGUUGCUAAGGAUGUUAAGAACCACUAUUUUUAUAAAUUUAAAGAUGAGCAAGAUAUCCCGGCCGAAAGAUCCAACCUCAUUAUUUGGUCAAAGAAACGAGGUGUUCAAGAAAAUAUCGCUUAUAAGAAACCGUCCUCGCAUUCAUCUGCUCAUGAAUAUGGUGGAAUUACAUUUGUUGCCAGCUUUGGAAAUGACGGUGACAAAACUGGAGACUGGCAGCGAUGCAGUAUCACCAAAAAAGACAUAGUACCCUGGUGGCAAGUGGACCUUACAAGGCAAGCUGCUGUCACAAGUGUCGAAAUAAAAAGUGGCGCAACAUGGGGUCAAGAAAGAAUAAAUCCAUUUGAUAUCAGUGUUGGGGAUGAUAGAUCAAGUGGUGGGCGAAACAAUGCGCUUUGCGUAAAAGAUGGAAGGUUGGCAAUCGGUGAAUUGAAAAAGUUUGAUUGUCCAAGGCAUUUUUUGCUUGGUCGGUAUGUGACUGUAUUCUUGAACAGGCAAGAAUAUCUUCAAGUAUGUGAGCUUGAGGUUUACGAACUUCAAACGGAGUAGUUUGCGUAAAAUAUCGCUAUUGGCAGCUUUCAUGUUCUUUAAUUAUUGCUCCUUAUCAAUAAAAAAAGAAGCAAGAUUGUAUUGAAAUUUUUCUCUUUGAAAGGUUUUAUUUGCUUUUAGCAAAUAAAAACAUACAACUUGUUGUUGUUCUAGAUAUAAAACACGUCAGAAACGAUAAUAGUCGGAAAUCAGUAUGUAGUUUAUGUAGAAGUGUGGCCUAGGAUCAAAUUGUAGAAGUGUGCCAGUCACAAAUUUGCCGAAAAAAGGGCCUGGCCUAAAAUGUAUCAAUUUUUAGGAGUGUCAUUUUGACGCAGUUGAUUUUAUUCAUCAAAGAGCAUGUUCUCGUCAGUCAAUCAUUACUUCGAUUUUCCCGCUUUUAAUUCAAUUUGCCCUGAGUACCUUAGAGUACUACCUUCUUUGAUUUUAUUUGAAUGUCAAGUUUUCAGCAAUGAGAUGCCCUCAUUUUUUCAAAUAGUUCAGCACGUUUUAAUAGAACCUUAGUUUGUAUGUGUUGUAAUAUAAGUUUAGAAUAAAUAUCGUUGCUCUUUUGUUCUUAAUAUUAUUAUGCUGUCCGUAGUCGAUAUUGGUUUUAAAGCACGCUCACCUGUAUCUUGUUGUGUUAAAGUAAUUGAUUGAUGGAUUUAUUGUUUAGCUCAGUUGGAGUUGGGAGAGGCGUGCUUAAGUUGGACAGUAGUUGGUGAUCGAGUAGUUUGAAGUGAAGUUUUCAAGUUAUUUAAAGUUGUCAAGAUCGUUCGUUUGUCAAGAAUGGAAUUAAUUAUAAUAAUAACUUGUAAAUAGUAUAUAUAUAUAUAUAUCGUGUUUAUUUCAUUGUGGAUUUUGCUACCAUACACCGACCAGCCUUAAAAAGCACAACAUAUGGGCAGA